GCAAGAGGUUGCGAAUAUUUAUAUACUACGUUAGAAAACAAAAUGUUUAACAAAGGGCUUAAAUUGCUGGUGCUAAUGUUGGUGGUGUCGCUGGCCAGCGCCCACUUGCAUCGCAUUAACAUACACAAGGUAGCGCGCACUGUUAGCCGCCAUGUCAUAAGGAAGGCGGUGACCUUUUUGCACCACAAAUAUAUACGCCUGGAUGCGUACAAUCCAUAUGCGCCGGACUAUGUGGCCCCUGACUACGACUACCCCAGCGGAGAGCAGAGCGGCGAGGAAACCAAUGAGCCGUUGACCAACAACAUGAACAUGGACUACUACGGUGUGAUUGCCAUUGGCACUCCGCCGCAGUACUUUAAGGUCGUCUUCGAUACGGGCUCUGCCAAUCUGUGGGUGCCAUCGGUCAACUGCCUGAGCAGCGAUGUCGCCUGCCAGAAUCACAAUCAGUACAACUCGAGCGCCUCGAGCACUUAUGAUGCCAACGGUCAGAGCUUCUCUAUACAGUACGGCACGGGCAGCUUGUCUGGCUUCCUCUCCACGGACACAGUCAGCAUCGAAGGCUUGACUAUCCAAAGUCAAACCUUUGGCGAGGCCACAUCCCAGCCCAAUGGAAGCUUUACAGGCGUACCUUUCGAUGGCAUCCUCGGAAUGGCCUAUCGCGUGAUUGCGGUGGACAAUGUGAUACCACCAUUCUACAAUUUAUACGAACAGUCGUUGAUUGAUGAGCCCACCUUUGGCUUUUACUUAUCCCGCAAUGGCUCCGCUCAGCUGGGCGGUCAGCUGAUCCUUGGCGGCAUCGACAACUCGCUGUUCACGGGCGCGCUGACAUAUGUGCCCGUCUCGCAGCAGGGCUACUGGCAGUUCCGCAUGGAUAGCGCUGUCAUGGGCGGCUAUGUUGCUUGCUUUCAAUGCCAAGCCAUUGCUGACUCGGGCACCUCCUUGCUGGCAGUACCAAACGGCGCCUUUGCGUUGCUUAACCGUAUUAUUGGGGCCACCUUGUUUGAUGGCGAUUACUUGGUCGAUUGUUCCACUGUUGGCAGUCUGCCCGUAUUGAGCUUCAAUAUUGGUGGCACCAUUUUCGAUCUGCCUGCUUCCGUGUAUAUUCAGAGCUUCAGCGAGCAGGGCACAACGUACUGCAUGUCCAGCUUCACCUCCAUUGAUACUCAAUUCUGGAUUCUGGGCGAUGUCUUUAUGGGCCAAUACUACAGCCAGUUUGACUUCGGAAAUAAUCGCAUUGGCUUUGCACCUGCAGCUUAGAAAAGAACAAGAAAUCGAUUUAGGAUAUAUUAAAUGCAUUUUUUAAACUAG